CGCGAAUCGGUUGGGUCGAAAAUACAAUAACUUGUUUUAAGGGAUCAAAUAGCAAACUUAGAAAGAAUAGGUAGUUUCUUUAAAUCCCAUCUCGGAGAUUCAGACGAGAAACUGUGAAGCAAACUAUGUGGAGAUAGCCUGAGCGGAAACAAACAAAAAAAAAAAUCUGUGUAGAGAGAGAGUGAGAUGAUACGGGCGGUGAUGGUGAUAAACACGCAGGGCAAGCCUCGGCUUGCCAAAUUCUAUGAUAUCCAGGCUGUGGAGAAGCAGCGGGAGCUUAUACGCAACGUCUAUGGAGUCUUGUGCAGUAGAGCUGAGAACGUAAGCAAUUUUAUAGAGGCGGAGUCCUUUUUCGGUCCGGAUUCUCGCAUUGUCUACAAGCACUUUGCAACUUUAUAUUUUGUGUUUGUGUUUGACAGUUCCGAAAAUGAGCUUGCCAUGCUUGAUCUGAUACAAGUGUUUGUGGAAACGUUGGACAAAUGCUUCAAAAAUGUAUGUGAGCUUGACAUGGUGUUCAAUUACAGCAAGAUGCAUACAGUAUUAGAUGAGAUUAUACUUGGAGGUCAAGUUCUGGAAACAAAUUCUACAGAAGUUAUGAAGGCCGUUGAAGAAAUAUCAAGGUUGGAAACAGCGUCUAAUGCUAUAUCUCUUGUCCCAAAAUCUGUUUCUAGCUGGCGGAGUCGAUAGCAAGGAGGCUGAGGUGGUUGAACAAGGUUCAGGGAGCAGACUUGACUGGUAUACAACAGCUAGGGGUGGAUAUUUUAUUCCGUUAACUUGACCUAAUAACCUCCCCUGAACCAACCAAGCUAAACCCAAGCGAGUUGGUUUGUUUAUUUCCUUUUAGUUGGGCAUAAUCAGGUUUUUCCCUAUUAUUGGUUAAGUAGAUUGCUUUGGUUUGGGUAGGGAGUUAGGUCUUAUAUAAUCCAUCAUAUACAACUCAAACUAAAGGUGUGUUAAGAUAAAACAAAAAGUUUGUCACUUCUGUAUGAAGAUAUUAACCACCGAGUCACAUGCAACUCAAACUAAAGGUGUGUUAAGAUUAAAAAAAAAGUUUGUCACUUCUGUAUCAAGGUAUGAACCACCGAGUCACAUGUUUUAUUUGUUAUAGAAGAAUGGGUGUAAUAUAUAUUUCUUGAUGUAUAAUCAGUUUCCGUACCUUUCAAGAGUUAAAUUCUGUACCUUUCAAGA